CCGCUCGCCAGCCCCAGCUACGUGCGCAGCCUCCGGCGCGCGGGCAGGCGCGGGGCGCAGGCCGCAGAUGCGGCGGGGCCGGCGCCGGCGCGGGGCGGGGCGGGCCCCCCGGGCCCCCUGGGCGACAGGGCGGCCAGGCUGAUGGAGGAGCUGACGUCCGUGUUCAGAGAGGCCGCGAGGCCGAGGAACAGGGCUUCCAACGGCGAGUCCUCGUCCCCGGACAGCGGGUAUCUGUCCCCCAACAGCCGGCCGGCCCCGCGCAGCGCCGGCCCAGGCCCCGCGGGGGGCCCCCCAGCCGGGACCGGGCCCUGCCACCCGGGGGACCGCGACCCGUCCCCCGUGGCGCCCCGCUUCGUGCAGAAGCUCCGGAGCCAGGAGGUGGCGGAAGGCAGCCGGGUGCGCCUGGAGUGCCGGGUGUCCGGGAACCCCGCGCCGCGGGUCAGGUGGUUCUGCGAGGGCAGGGAGCUGCUCGGCUCCCCCGACAUUCAGAUCCGCGGCGACGGGGACCUGCACAGCCUGGUCAUAGCGGAGGCCUUUGAGGACGACACGGGCCGCUACACCUGCCUGGCCACCAACCCCAGCGGCUCCGACUCCACGUCCGCCGAGGUGUUCGUGGAAGGUGCCAGUUCAACAGAUUCCGACAGCGAAAGUUUAGCUUUCAAACUAAAAGCUGGAGUUAUGCCACAAGCUCAAAAGAAAACAACUUCCGUUUCCUUGACGAUAGGAGCGUCCUCUCCAAAGACGGGGGUGACCACGGCCGUGAUUCAGCCGCUGUCUGUCCCUGUCCAGCAGGUCCAGAGCCCGAUGUCCUGCCUCUGCCGGCCGGAUGGAGCCGCCGCUGCCCACUUCCCGCCCGUCUUCACCAAGGAGCUGCAGAACACGGUGGCAGCCGCGGGCCAGGUGGUGGUCCUGGAGUGCCGCGUCCGGGGGGCGCCCGCGCCGCAGGUCCGGUGGUUCCGGCAAGGGAGCGAAAUCCAAGACUCUCCGGAUUUCAGAAUUCUGCAGAAAAAACCCAGAUCUACAGCUGAACCUGAGGAGAUCUGCACCCUGGUCAUCGCGGAGACUUUCCCGGAGGACGCGGGGAUCUUCACGUGCGCGGCCAGGAACGACUAUGGCUCCGUGGCGAGCACCGCGCGGCUGGUUGUCACCUCAGCCAACACCGAAAACUGCAGCUAUAACUCAGUGGGCGACUGCAGCAGCGAUCACUUCCAGCACUUUCCACCUCCCCCUGCAAUCUUGGAGACAAGCCCCUCUGAGCCGGCUUCCCAGGAGACCCCCGAGGUCCAGCAGGCGGGCAGCCCCGCGUCCGGCCCGGGCAGGGCAGCCCUACGUGAGACGCAGCUCGGCCCCGCCGAGAGGGAGGCACAGGGAGCCGGUCCGGUCCUCGGGAUGAAUGGGCUGGCCAACGGCCAAGCUGACGUCGGCGACAAGAGCCCCCCGGCGGCGCCAGCCAUCCUGCUUUCGCCUACCAAGGAGCCGCCGCCGCUGCUGGCCAAGCCCAAACUGGACCCCCUGAAGCUGCAGCGGCUGCAGAGCCAGGUCCUCCCGGAGCCGGCCGGCCCCGCGUCCCCGCCCGCGCCCAUGAGCGCGCUGGCCGCCCGCGCCGCCGCCGCCAUGCAGUCCUCCGGCUCCUUCAACUACGCGCGGCCCCGGCAGUUCAUCGCGGCGCAGGGCCGGGGCCCCGCGUCGGGCCCGGGCUCGCCGGCCUCCAGCCCCGGCUCCUCCAGCCUGCCGUCGCCCCUGUCGCCGGCGCCCAGGCAGCUGGGCCGCGCGCCCCUGCCGCCUUCGCCGAGCCCGAGUGCCCUGGGCCGCCCUCGCUGUCGCCGUCGCCGCGCCGCGCCCGGCCUGCAGCCCCGGCCGGCCGCGGGCCCGACGCCUUCCCGCCGCCGCGCGCCGCUCGGCCCCGGGCCCGCCGCCUUCCUGAGCGCCCUGCUGCCCUCGCAGCCGCCGCCCGCCGCCGUCAACGCCCUGGGGCUGCCCAGGGGCGUCACCCCCGCGGGGUUUCCGAAGAAGGCCGGCAGGACGGCCCGGAUAGCCUCCGACGAGGAGAUCCAGGGCACGAAGGACGCCGUCAUCCAGGACCUGGAGCGAAAACUCCGCUUCAAAGAGGACCUGCUGAACAACGGCCAGCCGGUACGGACGGGGACCUCUCGGGCCGAGCUGACAGGGGACCGCGCUUCUCACAGCUCCUCGGGCGAGCUGACAGGGACCGCGCUCUCACAGCUCUCCGGCCGACCUGACGGGGACCGCCGCUUCUCACCACAGCUCCGGGCCGGCUGA